AUGGCCGACCAAUGGCGAUUCCAGCGAGCUGAUGGCACCAACAUGUUCGCAGCCAAAGCUGAUACUUCCGUAUCCAGAUGGACGGGAAGUUCCAUGCUUGGCGGACGGCGCUGGGUGCGUGAAGAGGUGGCGGCUGGUCAGCUUCAGUACUAUUUUGCGACUGUAAUGUGGCGGCCUUCGCAGGAGCCCUUGGAUGGUCGCCAGCGUUUGAAUCCCCCUCUCCGAGUAAAUUGGAGCCGCCCAUUACCUCGAGAUUUAGGUUGGAGCUAUAUCAAAGUAUCGUAUUUGGAAGAGGCUGGGAUCUCCAUGGCAAUUCCUGCUGAGCAAGUGGUUGCUGAAUGCAUUGCUAAUGGUAGUGAUGAGGAACUGGACUAUGAUGGAUUUGUAAAUAGGUCUGACUAUGACUCCGAAGAGGAUUCUGAAGAUAGAGAAGAUUCUCAAGCGGCAUGA